GUUUAUUUGUUGACAUAGUGUCAAAAUAAAUUUUAUAACCUAAAAUGUAUUUAUUUCUUAUUUGAUUGCAGUUAUUAAGUUCCUUAAACAUACGUAAUAAUUAAAACGUGAAUGAAUAUUUAGGAAAAAUGAAUUCAAGUUUAAUGUUGAAGAAAAUAAAGCUGUUAUUUAUUAUCCCUACACGAUCUUUUUUAUCUAGACCGGGCGCUUCAGAAGUUCUAACUUCUUAUUUAUUACAAUGUAACGAACCUCCUUGGACCUCAUAUUUUGUAAAGUAUAGUAGUGUGAAGGAUGACCAAUUUGGAAUGUCCAACUUCAAUUGGAGAGCUGGGAACUCCAAUUAUCAAAUAUUAAGAACUGGAUGCUUUCCAUACAUUAAGUACCAUUGCUCAAAACGAAUAGCCGAAGAUUUGAAUUCCUCAGAUAAAUUUAUGAGAUUCAUAAAAAUAGCCAAUUUAGGUAUACCAUGCUUAUUAUACGGACUCGCUGCAACACAAUUGAUACGACACCAAGAGAUAGUACACACUAGUAAGGGACCAGUGACUAUAUAUUUCUUACUGCCUGAACAUAAAGGAUCUUUGCAUUGACAAAACAAGAAUCACGCUACGAAUUGAGAACUCGUUUUUGGGUUGCCUAGAAGAGAUGGCUUAUUAGCUACAAGGCCGCCAUUUGUGAAUGUCUUCUUUUUUUGUACAAUUUUUAUCUGUUAUUUUUUGUGUUAUUGUGUAGAAUAAAGAGUUUUAUUGAUUCAUUUAUACUUGAUACAUCGAGUGUAUAACAGCUAAGACUUCAGAAGAAGAUCUUUCAACUUCUGUAAAAAAAAGAAAGAAAGUGAACAUGUAAGUAGAAUGAUAUUAUAAUUAUAUAAUCUAGUGUUUUAUAUAUUUA